AUGUGGUUAUUCAACAGAAAAGGGCCGUCUGGGUUUUCAGCUAGUUCUACAGCUGAAGAAGUCACACAAGAAAUUGAUGGGUCUGGUCUCACUGCCAUUGUUACAGGAGCUGCAAGUGGUAUUGGAGCGGAAACUGCAAGGGUUCUUGCAUUACGUGGAGUCCAUGUAAUCAUGGCCGUCAGAAACCUCUCUGUCGGUAAUGAGGUCAAAGAAACAAUUAUUAAAGAAGUUCCGAAAGCCAGAAUUGAUGCCAUGGAGUUGGAUCUCAGUUCAAUCACAUCAGUAAGGAAGUUCGCUUCAGAGUUCAAUUCCUUGGGCCUUCCUCUAAAUGUACUCGUUAACAAUGCAGGAAUUAUGGCAAUGCCUUUCAUGCUUUCCAAAGACAACAUAGAGCUGCAGUUUGCGACAAACCAUGUGGGACAUUUUCUUUUGACUAAUUUAUUGCUUGAAACUAUGAAGAAAACAGCGUGUAAAAGUAGUCAAGAGGGCAGGGUCAUUAAUGUUUCGUCACGGCGGCACAAGUUUUCUUACCCUGAAGGAAUCCGCUUCAGUAAGAUUAAUGAUCGAACGGGAUACAACAGUCUAUCUGCAUAUGGACAAUCAAAGUUAGCUAAUGUGCUGCAUGCUAAUGAACUAGCCAGGCGUUUGCAGGAAGAAAAGGUGGAGAUAACAGCUAACUCGCUUCAUCCUGGGGCAAUUGCCACCAAUCUUUUUCGUCAUCACAGCUUUGUCAGUGUCAUUGUUGAUGCUCUUGGCAAGCAUGUGAUGAAAAAUGUUCAGCAGGGGGCAGCAACGACGUGCUAUGUGGCACUGCAUCCGGAUGUUAAAGGCAUGAAUGGUAGAUACUACGCGAACUGUAACCUGGCAGAAGUUAGCUCACAAGCUAAUGAUCUUGAAUUAGCAAAAAAGUUCUGGGAUUUUACCGCUACUCUUAUUGACCAAUGUAAAACUUAG